AUGUAUCGUCUUGCACUCAACUCAGUAAUGCGACCCGCAGUCCGCACUACCAUUCCACCUGCCAGAGCCUUUACCGUAUCCGCACGCACUAUGGGCGAGGGAGACACCGGAGCUGCUAGAUUUGGCGGCCAACAAGACGCCUUUACCAAACGCGAAAAGGCCAAUGAGGAUUACACUAUCCGCCAGCGCGAGAAUGAGAAACUCUUGGAGCUGAAGAAGAAAAUUAAUGAGCAACGUGAUCACUUGAAGAAACUCGAGGACCACAUUUCCGAAAUCGAGAAGCAAUCUGGCGGCGAACAGAAGUAA